AUGGCACAGCAGGUGCUCCUUGCUCCUCCUACUGAACGGAUACUUUCCCAAGCCGAAAGCCUCGCGGUUGUUCAGAUCUUCCUCAACGCAUCGUUGGCCUGUAUCGCCCAUACUAGAGAACUGAUCCCUUGGACAUCGUCCUGCUUCCGCACGCGAUAUGUCGAUCAAAUCACCCUCGAAAGCGACUCGUCUGCCGGAGAGAGCCUGUAUUCAGCUUUUCAAUCGUUGGCACCAGAGAGCGCUGGUGAGGGUCAAGAGGUCAAACUUCUCGUCCGUGGGGGCAAUCGAUGCGCCGAUCAAAUGCUUGAUAUGCUUGAGCAAGGGGUUUUUGACGCCUUGGAUCAAAGCUACCUAGACAGCCUGCGAGUCUUUGUGACCGACGCAGCCCAACGCCAGCCAUCAAUUAUCGAGACUUACCACUUCGCUUUCGCGUACGAACGUGGCACUGUCACCAGUGUGCAUUUGAGUUCGGUAGCUCACGCAUUCGUCUUGGAGAAUGUGCACAAAAGUUUCAGGGUUGCGAUACGGGCUCUGCUUCGUUCGCUCAGGAAUUUACCCCGUCUGCCAGCUCGUCGCAAGCUAGGAAUGAGUCUCACAUAUAACGAGUCAUGUCCUAUGGUAUAUCAGCCACCCGGCUUUGUAGACAAAGAUGAAUAUCAAGAGGGGGAAGGUCAGACAAUGUGUGAGGCGCUGCUGGAUCGAGACGAGGAUGUUGUAGGUAUGCUCGAGUGUGGUUACCAUCAAAUGCGCGUUGCAGUACACCUUCAAGAUGCUGCAAGACAAGAAUCGUUGAUUGAUCUGCAUGACACGGAAAUCAGCAGACAGCUGCAAGCAAUGCAGAAGACCUCCUCCAGCCACAGCAACAAUUUAUUGUCUACCUUGAGAGACUCGUUUCCUGGUUCAAAACGUUCUAGGAACGGCCCAAUGCCUAGUGCGAAACGCCUGCGGCCCUCUGAACCUAAGAAGCCAUCAAGCGAUGAGUCUGUUCCACACAGCGUCGGUACAAACCAACUCACAGAAUUCCAGGGCCCUAGGGGGUCAGCCUUCGCAACUCCAAGACCGGGUCACCGAGGAAGUGCGUCGAAAGAUUGUCCUGUCCAAAAGAGCCUGCCUGGAGAAAAUGGGCUCUGUAUCAGUGUCACAAAGCUCGCAGAGCUUCUCAUACACUGCUAUGCUGUUCAGAGUGGAAAGACUGGUGAAAGUGGAGACGCUUUUGACCAUCGCCUGCUAGCCGACGGUAGGAUCCGACGGCUUAGUCGAUCGAGUCGCAUUGGCUGUGAAUGUGGAAGUCAGCAUAGAUCAAGUUCAAUGCUCUUUUGCGAAGUAUGCGAUAGUUGGCAGCAUAAAGAAUGCUAUGGCCGUGGCGACAGCCUCCCUCCUGCUACCAUACCUGAGGAGCACUUCUGCUAUACCUGCCUCUUGUUUUCCGAAGGGCUAAAACCCCCGAAUUCUCCCCUACUCAUUAUUCUCCUCCGAGUGGCUACAGGCUAUCUCGCAGCAAAGACCACACCCGGAUUGCGGAUUGCCGGAGACUUCCUUCAGACGCAGCUGAAACCAUUUCGCUGGACCAGGGAGGUGCUUGACUGGGCAAUGGAGCGCCUCGUGGAGGAGGGUCUGCUCAAGCCAGUAGCUAGAGGCUUCUUCGAAGUCGGAUCACUUGACGAUGCGGAGAUGUGGCAGGUCAAGGAGCGAUGCAUGGGUUCAUUGGCAUCAGUAAAGGGUCUUUUCGAGACCUGUACAAACCCUGACAAUACGAGGCGCAAUGACCUGCUGAGUUCACUCAAAGCGUACGCUGGUGAAAAUGAUUAUACGACAGCCGAAGGAUGCGAAGAAAUGAUCUCGUACGACGAGUUCGGGGUUCCAGUAUACCGCUGGGGAUAUGACACGGCCACAAGGAAUCCCUCGUUAAAGAACCCCGUUGUCGAGAAGGAACUGACAACGCCGGUUCGUCGACGAAAGAUCAGUAUCUCACGCAUACUGAUCAACAUUGAUCGUUCCCCCUCUGCAGCGAGCAUGAGUCUGGAAGAAUCAACAAAUCGAUUCCGUGACAACAGGAGUUAUAGCACUGAUUGCAGCAACGCAGCCUCGACAGCGACCGCUGACUGA